AUGGACUCUCCGCCAUCAAGAGCGCUUCCCACCGAAACCCCCAAUGCUGGUGGAAAUGAAUUCGAUGAUCUCGAUGAUCUUUUCGAUUACGAUGCGGGCGAUACAAAUGAUCCUUUCAGCGAAAACUACGUGGUUCCUGAAAGUAAGAAUCAGGAAACUGCCAAGGGCUCCGCAAGCAAUGCGAAAAGUGGUGCAGGACUGGGUAUUGAUGAGGAAGUCGAGGUCACCAAAAAGCCUAGAGUUCCACGAGUGAAACUUGAUGAACACAAACUUCUCUCGUCUGCAGGAAUACCAAAAUUACGGAAAAAGGCUGCAGGUCAUCUGAAGUUCAAGGGUAAAGGCCAUGAGUAUUCAGAUGCGGCCCGACUCCUUGCGUUUUAUCAACUCUGGCUCGAUGAUCUCUUUCCAAAAGCCAAAUUUCGCGACGCUUUAGCCAUGGUCGAGAAGCUAGGUCAUAAAAGGAUGAUACAGUCUGCGAGAAUGGACUGGAUUGAUGAGGGGAAACCUAAAUCAUCGGUGCACGAAGAUUCCCUAUUUGACGAGCCGGAACUUCCUCCACGGAAUGAUAAUGGACGAGAGAAAUCGGCAUCGAGAAUCGCACCAAUCUUUGAAAAUACAGCAAGUGAACGACCGAAAACACCUGUUCCAAAUCGAGAUCUGGAUUUCGAUGAUAUGUAUGAUGCCACUCCGAAGGUUGUGCGCCAAACCCCAGCUACGCAAUCAACUUCGGUGUUUGGUGGUGGUAAUAAUAGUCUAUUUGGUCCUCCGAAGGUUGCCAUAGCAGGAGAUGAUGGGCCUCCAGACGAUGAUCUGGACGCAUUACUGGCAGAGGCGGAACAGGAAGGUGACAGCGAUGAAGUGCUAGAUGAUGAUCUCGCAGCGUUGCUGGCAGCAGAGAACGAUACAAACGCCCCUCUUCAAAGUACAAAACAAACUUUAGAUAAAUCUGCACAAGCGGAAGCCGAUGAUAUGGAGGCUAUGGAAGCUAUGGCUGAUAUGGACAUGGAUAUGAACGGGGGAUGGUAA